AUGGCUUCAUCUUCGGAUUCCAUGGGCAACACUUUCAGAGCUCGAGUCCAGAAGAUCUUCGGGUCUCUCAUCAUCAUCAUCAUCAUCAUCGCUAAGCCCUCCGUGGUCUCUCACCGACGACGAGGUUGGGAAUGUGACAAGGCUCAGCUAGGAAUGUUUUGUGCACAAGAGGUUGGAAAUGUGACAAGCUUUGCAACUUCAAGGGCACCCUCAGACCAUACUAGUUCCUCUUUGUUUGUUAAGAGAGUGGCUCGAAAUGGUUCUCCCCCAUGGCGAGAAGAUGAUAAAGAUGGACAUUACAUAUUUGCGCUUGGCGAAAAUUUAACUUCUCGCUAUAAGAUUCACAGCAAGAUGGGCGAAGGCACCUUUGGCCAGGUCUUGGAAUGUUGGGACAGAGAAAGGAAGGAAAUGGUUGCCAUUAAAAUUGUUCGUGGUAUUAAGAAAUAUCGUGAAGCAGCUAUGAUAGAAGUUGAAGUAUUGCAACAGCUUGGGAAACAUGAUAAGGAUGGCAACCGUUGUGUGCAAAUAAGGAACUGGUUUGACUAUCGUAACCAUAUCUGUAUUGUGUUUGAGAAGCUUGGACCAAGCUUAUACAAAUUUCUACGGAAAAACAAUUAUCGCUCAUUUCCAAUUGAUCUUGUCCGUGAGAUUGGCAGACAACUGUUGGAAUGUGUAGCAUUUAUGCAUGAUUUGCAUCUGAUUCAUACGGAUUUGAAGCCUGAGAAUAUUCUUCUAGUGUCUUCAGAGCAUGUUAAAGUUCCAGAUUACAAGGGUUCCUCACGAUCGCCAAAGGAUGGUUCUUACUUCAAAAAAGUUCCAAAAUCAAGUGCCAUCAAGGUAAUUGAUUUUGGCAGCACAACUUAUGAUCGUCAAGAUCAGAGCUACAUUGUAUCAAUUCGACAUUAUCGGGCACCAGAAGUAAUUCUGGGGCUUGGGUGGAGUUAUCCUUGCGAUGUUUGGAGUGUUGGUUGCGUCUUAGUGGAGUUGUGCUCAGUUUUUGCAUUGCUCCUAAGACCACGGAAGGACCACAAGUUCCGAUUUUACUGGAAUAUAUACCAUCACAGUAUGGGAUAUGCCAUAGUCAUCCUCGGCAUCAUCAAUGUGUUUAAAGGGCUAGACAUCUUGCUACCUGCAAACAAGUGGAGAUCAGCUUACAUAAUUGUGAUCUCUGGGUUGGGUAUUAUUGCUAUUUUGUUGGAAGCAAUUACAUGGGUUGUAGUCUUGAGGAGGAAGUCUAACAAGUCAACUAAGCCCUAUGACGGAUACAACGGACAAGGCAGGCAAUAG